UAAACAAACUGACUUUACUGCAUUUCCCCCAAAUCUUUUAAUCAUUUUCGAAACGCAAUCCGUAGUAAUAUUGUCCCUCUCACCACCCCGUAUUUAUUUACAUUCGCAUCCUGGAGGCUCAAACGAGAAAGGAAUUACUGACAGUUGAGGGAACAAUAAAACACAUUAAAUGAUAACAUGUCAGGCUUAAUUUACACAUAAUGACCCGAUUAUCAUAUAACAUACUGUAUAUUUAAGUAUAUUAUAUAUUAUAUUUAUAGUCACCGGCAGCUGAUUUAAAGGGAUGUCAGCCGUCCAGAGAGCAAACACGUGGGAAAUUUCAGAUUCAGAGAAUGAGAGUGAUGAAGUUAAACAAACAUCAUGUGUAAUACUCGAUCAGGACACAUCUAUAAAUGAAUCAAACACUUCACCCUCAUCCAAGAGCUGCUCAGCCCGGGCAGAAGACGGCAGCACCAGCGCGGAUGGAGUGAAGAUCUCCAGCAAAAGGAGGAGGACGCGAGAGGAGGUGCAGGAGGAGCUGGAGACGAGAAAAGCUGCCAGAGAUAAACGGAGACAGGAGAAGGAGAAACUGAAAGAGAAGAAAUUACAAGAGCAACAGAGAAGGAAACAGGCAGCGGAGAGACUGAACCUGUUAAAACCUGAAAACUUCAUUAAGAGUCUGACUGCUCACAUUCAUGCAGUGCUGCUGCGGGAUGCAGGCUGUGAUGUGCUGCUCAGGACUCUGGAUGGGUUUCAGUGGAGGAACCGUAUAGAGAAUCAAGGUCUUCCUAACAGCAUCAGCUGGACACGACAAGCCCUUCAGCAGGCUGAGGAUGAGGCUAAAAAUGGAGUUAUUGAAGAAGAUCAGGUCCUGAUGGUGAUCUCCCAUGAUGAGUUUGAAGACAUGGUGAUGUCACAUAAAACAGUGACCAAUCAGUCGGCUCUUAUUGGUGAUAUGCAUGAGGGGGCGGAGUCUCUGUUACAGCAUCUAUCUAAGUACUUGUCCAGAACUGCAGGGAAAGUUGUCACAAUUCUAGUGAUGAUCAGUCAUCAGCAACGAUCAGGAUCUUGGGGUGAAGAUGACUUUUACCUCAAUCAGCAUCAUCUGGACACAGAACAGCUGUUGGUUCACCUCCAGCUCUACUGGAAUGUGACAGUUCACUUCCUGUUUGGCUGGCAGGAAGUGACCGAUCAUGUGGUUGCACUUACCAAGGCUUUAUCUAAGAGACCUUACAAGGCGUUGUGUGGCGACCCUGAUCUGGGGUUCUGCAUGGACGGCUCGUGGUCAGCAGGUGUGCGAGUGGACAGAGACGGCCGUGGUCUCGCUCAGGUGUGGACACGUCAGAUGCAGCAGCUGAACCGCGUCAGUCCAGCCAUGGCCAAAGCCGUGACGAGCGCCUACCCCUCCCCUUCCCUCCUGCUGAAGGCCUAUGAGGAGUUACCGUCUGAGGAGGAGCGGCGCAGACUAUUGGCUGAUCUCACGGUAGUAGGCGGAGCCAAAGACAGGCGUGUUGGUCCUGAGCUCGCUGGCCGUAUACAUCGCCUCCUCACUUCCCAGAAUCCUCAUCUACUGCUGGAUUAAGGCCAGAAUUGUGGAAGGAAAAAAAUAAUUUUGCACUUUAUAGCCAGCAGACUGUAGAAGAUUAAAGUUUGUGCCUCAAAUGAAUUCAUUCAUCCUCCAAACUGAACAUAUUCAUUGAUUUGCCAUCGAUCGCAUUAAACGUUUUGUUACAUUUGUAUUGAUCAUUCAAAACUGAUGUUAAGUUUAGACAAUAUAACAAAAACUUUAAAGGGGACCUAUUAUGCCCCUUUUCACAAGAUGUACUAUAAGUCUCUGGUGUCCCCAGAAUGUGUCUGUGAAGUUUCAGCUCAAAAUCCCCCACAGAUCAUUUAUUAUAGCUUGUCAAAUUUCCCCCUAUUUGGGUGUGAGCAAAAACAUGCCGUUUUUGUGUAUGUCCCUUUAAAUGCAAAUGAGCUGCUGCUCCCCGCCCCCUUUCCAGAAGAGGGCGGAGCAUUGACAGCUUGUGCUUCGGUUGCUCAACAACAACAAAGCUGGAGAAUCUCACGCAGCCAAAAUGACGGUGUUCAGCCUUACAUUGUUCAAACCGGAGUCGACACUGAUGGAGAGACUCAGGAAGAAGUUACAACUUUUAGAAUGAAACUGGACGUUUCUGAAUGAUUAGUGGACAAAUUUAUGUAGUUGCUGUGGAGUUGAUUCAACUCAUCCACUAGCGUGAACCUUGAUACUCACUGUAUGUUGCUUGGAUAAAAACAUCUGUCACAUGAUUACGUACAUACAGGUACAUUCAUGUAGGUAGCACAAACACGGUUCAGGAUGUGUUAUGCUCAGGAGUUUAAUACAUGUGAAACAAAAAUUAAAAGGAGUAAAUCAGAUUCUUCAAAAACAUGCAAUUAUUAAAUGAGCAUUUUUGUUGUUUUUUUACUGCAAAACAAUGUAAUCAGUAAGAAAACAUGCAAAAGAGUACAAAAUCAUUCACUCGUCAAUCAAAUAUAUGAUAAAUCAUAAUAAUCAGAUAUUAAUAAUAAGAGAGGGGAGGUUAAACAAAUAAAUAAAUAUAGUAGGAAGAAAACAGUCAUAUCUGAAAAUACACAAUCUACAGUGUUUAUCAUAUCAGAUAUGCAUUUAGUUGUCAUAGUAGAGCUGUAGCUCUCUGGUCUUGAAUUUUGAUAAAAUACUGCAACACUUUCAUUAACAGAGCAGUUGACAGGCUCAGAUAUUGAUCUGCUGCAGUUCAGUCAGCCUGUGCUGGAUAUUAUAGAUGGCAGGAAGUUGUUCAUGAGGUUUAUGAUGUUCUGAGCCCAUCUCUCUGAGUCUGAAUGAAUAAACACAAAUGCUGGAGAUACUGUACAGUGCCUAUAUUGAGAGUAUUUACAGUCUCAUUGAACUAAUCUGCUGUUUUUAGAUUUCAAACAACUGGUGACCAAUCAGAGACAGGCCACAGCUUCAGAAUUCAACUAAAAGUAAUGUUAUAAGAUGUUUGGCAUGUGUUGAUCUACCUUAAUAUAUAAGAGAAAACUUCACACACAAAAAAAAAAGAGGUGGGGGGGGUCACCUGACUAGCAACAUUGGCACUGGAAAUGAUCAAAAGUUUAUAAGAAAUUUAAAUCUCCCAAUUCAUUAAUUGGAAAAGGAAACUUACUAAGAAAAAGGAUGGUGAGUUUGAUUCACAACAGGUCCAGUGAAUGAAUUUUGAUAGUUUGGCAAGGGAGACGACGCAGGAAGUGAUGUGCGUAUUUACGGAAUAGUUUGCAUAGCAAUGACAAUUAUGUCAUUUACUCAUCCUCAUGUUGUUCCGUCUCUCUUCUGUAGGACACGAAAUGAGAUGUUAAGUGUUCUUCGAGAAGAAAAGAAAGUCUCAUACUUGCACAAGAACUGCACGAUUUGAGGGAAAAAAUAAAUCGUGAUUUUUCUGAUGAAAACUGAUGAUUUAAA